AUGAGCGCGACGCAGACGCAGGGUCCGCACUCGCUCGCCUUCCGGGUGAUGCGACUGUGCAAACCGUCUUUCCACGUCGAUCCUCCCCUCCGCAUUGACCCUUUCGAUCUUCUCGCCGGCGAGGAUUUCUCCGACGAUCCCACAUCCGCGUCAUUGUUCCGCCGCCACGUGUCCUCUGCCGACGCCGUCGACUCCGAUCUCAGUUACCGCAACAGAUUCCUCCUUGACCAUCCAACCGAUCCCAUCGGUCUCUCUGGUCUUCUCCUCCUUCCUCGGUCCUUCGGAGCGAUCUAUCUCGGAGAAACAUUCUGCAGCUAUAUAAGCGUCAACAAUAGUUCCAAUUCCGAAGUUCGGGAUGUUACCAUUAAGGCAGAGAUUCAGACUGAGAGGCAGAGGAUUCUGCUUGUGGAUACAUCCAAGUCACCUGUUGAAUCCAUACGGACAGGGGGACGCUAUGACUUCAUAGUGGAACAUGAUGUCAAAGAGCUUGGAGCUCACACGUUGGUAUGCGCUGCAUCGUACAAUGAUGCUGAUGGUGAGCGUAAACAUCUUCCCCAGUUUUUCAAGUUUGUCGUCGCAAACCCACUCUCAGUCAGGACCAAGGUUCGAGUUGUUAAGGAGACUACGUUUCUUGAGGCUUGCAUUGAGAACCAUACAAAAGCAAACCUCUUCAUGGACCAAGUCGAUUUUGAACCUGCCAAGCAAUGGAGUGCCGUGAGAUUACAAAAUGAAGACCAUCAUUCCACACUAGAUCCCCCAACCAGUGAUCUUGGUGGACUGAUACCUAAUCCGCCAGUUAUAAUCCGGUCUGGUGGGGGUAUCCACAACUAUCUCUAUAAGUUAAACCCAUCUGCACAUGUUUAUGGCCAAUCGAAAUUUCAGGGAAGUGAUAUUCUGGGUAAAUUUCAAAUAACAUGGCGCACAAAUUUGGGAGAACCUGGUCGCUUACAAACACAACAAAUUCUUGGCGCUCCUGUAAGCCGCAAAGAGAUAAAUAUACGAGUUGUUGAGAUUCCAAGUGUUAUGCACUUAAAUAGACCCUUUACGGCUUCCUUGAAUAUCACAAACCAAACUGAUAGGCAUUUGGGGCCCUUGGAGGUUUCACUGUCACAAGAUGAAUCACAAAUGGAGAAGGCGGUUGUCAUUAACGGUCUCCAGAAUGUGAUGUUACCUAGGAUUGAGGCAUUUGGCUCCAUUGAUUUCCAAAUGAAUCUUAUCGCUUCCAAACUCGGAGUCCAAAAAAUCGCUGGAAUCACAGCCUUUGACACAAGAGAGAAGAGAAUCUAUGAACUUGUUCCUGAGAUGGAGAUAUUUGUAGAGUCGGACUAG